GUUAUUAAAAGUAUAAUAAUAUUUAUAACUCCAUAUGACGAACAUUUUAAUAUUAUUUUGAUAAGAUUUGUGUCAAAAAUAUUUUUUCGGAGACAAUUAAAAAACAUUUAUUAUAUAUAUUAUAUAUAAAAAUAAUAUUUCAAUAAUUAUAUAUCCAUUCAUUCACUUGUGGAGUGAACAGUCAGUUCCCAUCACAAGUCAUGGACGAGAAGAAGCAAUCGAUGGACAACAACAAUGAGGAUCAGUUGGAAGUACCGAAGCAGAGGUAUCCGCGUUCAGUCGCAUUCAUUAUCGGCAAUGAAUUCUGCGAACGAUUCUCAUAUUAUGGGGCGAAAGCAAUUUUGGUCAUAUUUUUCACGCAAAUUAUCAAAUAUUCCGACGACGAGGCGACCGAAUACUACCAUAUCUUUGCGAUGGCCUGUUAUUUCACACCAGUUAUCGGUGCCAUUAUUGCCGAUUCAUUUCUUGGAAAAUUUAGUUGGGUCAUGUGGAUUGGUUUAGUGGCCAUUGCGUUGGGCACCGGCGGUAUAAAGCCAUGUGUGUCUGCGUUUGGCGGCGACCAGUUUGGGCCGGGAAUGGAGAGACAGUUGCAGAAGUUCUUCUCCUUCUUCUACAUCUCCAUAAACGCUGGAAGUCUUUUGUCGACAUUUAUAACACCAAUACUUAGAGAAGACGUCCAGUGUUUCAAUAAGAAGAGCUGUUUUCCGCUGGCAUUCGGCGUUCCGGCGGUUCUGAUGAUUGUGGCGCUCAUACUGUUUGUCGUCGGCCGAUAUGUCACCAAUUAUGUAAUGGUUCCGCCCAAGAAGGAGAGUGUCGUCGUUCAAGUCAUCUCAUGUGUCUUUACAUCACUUUCAAGAAAAUGGUUCAAAAGAAUGCCUAAAAGAGAUCAUUGGUUGGAUUACGCGGACGACAAGUUUGAUUCGAAAACGAUUGCCGAUAUAAAAGCUGUGAUGAGAGUAUUAUUCUUGUAUUUACCGCUUCCCAUCUUUUGGGCACUUUUCGACCAACAGGGCUCGCGAUGGACACUACAGGCAACCAAAAUGGACGGUAAAAUGGGAGACGUUUACCGAUUAAAGCCGGAUCAGAUACAAGUGGUGAAUCCCAUCCUGAUCAUUUUGUUCAUACCGGUGUUUGAGUACAUUAUAUACCCAGCGUUUGCCAAAAUCAAUUUCCUCAAGAAAUCACUUCAACGUAUUGUUUGCGGCGGUAUAUUGGCUGCCGUGGCCUUCGCUAUCUGCGGCUUCUUUCAGCUGUCCAUUGAGACGGAUUUGCCGCCGACGCUAAACGACAACUCUAUUCACCUGACAAUUGUCAACGGAUUGUCGACUCCUAUUCUCCUCAAGAAUAGCUUUAUUUUUGGCGAUAAAUCUGAAACCAUAGAAAAAUACGGUGUCCUCACGAAAGCCAAUCUCAAUAUCGAUGAAUUCAUUUCCAAAGGCCUGUCACUGGAUGUGUCGCUUACAGACAAUUCAAAGAUAGCCGAGUGUUCGGCCAAAAAGGACUAUUCGGUUACGAUUAGCAAAACCUUUGCGAAAGGAGGCAUUUUGUUGAUUACGGAAAGCAUUUGCAGUGCAAACGCCAAAGAGUUGUCUAUAUUUGAAUUCAAUCAAAAAAUCGAUAUCUUGGAGAAGCCUAAGGACGGCGGCUCUUUCGCCGGAGUGGUCUAUAAUAUCAAGGAUUCCGUAACAAAACCCGUGUUUAAUAUCGUGAAUAACAAUCACAUAACGUUUCGGUUCAAUAACAGCGAGUUUACCGAUAACUUUAACUCGACGACUGUCGGCGAUCCUAUCGUUUCGGGCGACACCAAGCGUUACGUCGGUUACGUUCCCUUCAUUAAGGAAUUGGACGUUCAUUUGGGCGGAGAAUAUAAAUUAUUUUUACUCGAAAACGACACGGAAAGUGCCGCUCACGUGGCCAUCGAGGAGUUGGGUCUAUACCAGGGCGGGGCCUAUAUUGCCCUCGUCUAUACUGAUGAUCAGGGUAAAUUGAAAGGAGAUGUGCAUAAUAUAGUUUUGCCUAAUUCUGUGUCCAUGUUUUGGCAAAUCACUCAAUACUCGGUGAUUACCGCCGGAGAGAUCAUGUUCUCCAUCACUGGUCUGGAAUUUUCUUACUCUCAGGCACCGGCCAGUAUGAAGUCAGUAUUACAGGCUGCGUGGCUGUUGACCGUGGCGUUUGGCAAUUUGAUUAUUGUCAUCAUAUCGUCGGCCAAGAUAUUUGAGAAACAGACUUUUGAAGAGCCCAAGAAAUCAUUGUCUUUCUAUGACUCGUCCAACAAGAGAGAGAAAUCAGUGCCGCAUCACAACACCACUGAAUAA